UUACUCGCCUUCACAACUUCUAGUAGUAGGCCACGCUUUGUAGAGUGUGCUUUAGCGGUCGUAGUUGGCGUCGAUUGACGCGAUCAAAACAAAACAGUGUUUUGAUUUUUUAGAAACAAAACAGAAGUGCACUCUUGUUUCGUACCUUUACAAACAUUCUCAGUGUUCAAGUGCUAGUGACUUUUUGUGCUCUCGUGCAACUAACACAGUGGGCUUGUGUCUGUUUGUUUGGCUUAUUGUAUUGUUUUGGAUACACUUUUACGAUAUCACUCCAUUUCCCGGCCCAGGAAGUGCCGACAAGGAUGACCACUCCGUUGGAUGCAAGUGAGGAGUGCAGCUAUCUUCCGAUGAGGCAAAGAUCGUUCGUUUGAUUGCACCGUUAGCCAAGUGAAGUAAAAUGUAUGUGACGCAACUUGGACCGAGUAUUCUUGUCAUCUUUUGGUGCUUUUGCUUGCCUUUCGCGUUAUCUGAAGAUUCGUGGAAAUGCCUCAAUUAUACAAAGACAUUUCCCAAAACGCACGUCUAUUACCUGGCCCAACACACCAACAUAAUAAUCCAAACCUCCGAGCGCACUCUCCACAAACUCAGCACCGAAAUCCUCAAAAUCUACCUGGAGGAGGUCUCCGGCUUCGCCAAAGUGGACAUCCUCGUCGACGACGACAACUUCGAGGUGGACACCGCCGUCAAGAAGCUCUCAUCGCGCUACCUCAACGUCACCGACCUGUUCCCCCCGGCUAUGAUCGACCUGGAGGUGUGGAUACCCCCCGGCCACGACCUCCUCAACUCCGAGGACACCCACCUGGUCAAGGACCUGGGGGACGUGGGCCCCUUGGGCCGCUUCGGCUGGUUCAUCCCGGGCCAGCUCGACGGCCCCGUGGCCCGCUACUACGGCAAGUGGGAUACCAAGUUCGGGGAGGUCCACUGGUCGUUCCUCCGCGACCCCAAAAUCGCAAACCUGCUGGACGUCUCCGAGCACAUGUCCUUCAUCUACGCCAACGCGAGAAUGAACGACACCUCCUACGUGUGUUCGGAGAAGUUCUGCAAAAGGGGGAUCUACACUCCGAAGCAUUGUGAGCACACCAGGUGCGCCCUCCUUCUGACCUCCAAGCCCUCCAUCACCAAGUUCGUGGUGGAGCACAUCAACGAGCUCAAGCUCUACGUCCGGGUGGCCUGGUUGGGCAAGAACCUGAGACGCGCCAUCCAGACUUUGACCAAGUUUUACCAAAACACUCAGAAGAGUUUCCUCGUGUUGUACUACACUCCCAGUGACGUCAUCCUGCGGGAGAGGGAGUUCAUCAGUGUGGUUUUCCCCCAGUGCGAUUACCUGGACCUGAACGGCUCGCUCGGGUGCAAGUACGAGCUCCAGAGGAUUGUGAAGAUGUCCUGGAACAAGGUGGAGGAGUUGGGGCUGUUGCGCCCAGUCCGCGACUUCAAGUUCAGCGAGCAGGACUAUGACGACCUCCUGACCCUCUACGAGAGGACCUGGAACCAGUCCAACCUGCGCCAGAUUGCCUGCGAGUGGCUCAAGGACCACGAGUCGUGGAUAAUCGACCACGGGAAGGUGGAGAUCUACAUUGGGGGCAUUUUCCCCCUGAACGAGUCCACCUACAACGGCAGGGGCAUCGUCCACGGGGCCAAGCUGGCCCAAGACAUCAUCAACGCGGACCCGGCGAUCCUGCCCAACUACGACCUCAAGCUCCUGGUGGAGAACGGGCGCUGUCGGCCCGACAGCGUGACGAAGAUUUUCAUCCAAUACGUGACGGAGUACCACUACAACAGGCUGUUGGGGGUGCUGGGGCCGGCGUGUUCGGACACGGUGGAGCCGGUGACACACGUCUCCAAGCAUUACCGCACUCUGGUGGUGUCGUACAGUGCCGAAGGGACGAGUUUCUCCGAUCGCAACAAAUAUCCGUACUUUUUUCGAACGAUUGGGGAGAAUAAGGAUUACCAGUACGUUUAUUUGCUUCUGUUCAAGAAGCUGGGCUGGAAGCGGGUCGCUGCGCUGACGGAGGACGGGCAAAAGUACACCGAGUAUAUCUCGCACAUGCAGGAGACUUUGGGGGAGAACGAUAUCGCGUUCAUUGCCAAUACGAAGUUUCCGAGGGAUAGGGACCCCUACCAAAUGUCCAGAUAUUUGGAAGACUUGAAGCACAAAAACGCGCGCAUCAUAAUCCUCGACGUGAUCGACUCCAUUGCCCGAACGGUGAUGUGCGAGGCUUAUCAAAUGAAGAUGACUUCGGCCGAUGGCUACGUUUGGUUCCUUCCAACUUGGCUCAAUGAGACUUGGUACGAUACCGACUAUUUCAACAAGUUCAAAGGUGAAUCGGUGAAUUGUACCACUGCUGAAAUGGUCCAAGCUGCCACUGGGUACUUCUCAAUGGCUCAUUCUUUCUAUGCCCCAAACGAUACCCUAGUCCAAGGAAAUGUGACAGUGGCACAGUGGAUGAAUAUGUAUGGAAGCAAAGUUCCGAUAUCGAACUACGCGGGAUACGCUUAUGACGCCAUGUGGACUUAUGCUCUAGCUUUGGAUAAACUGGCCAAGGAGUAUCCGGCGGCUGUUUCCGAUUUGCAUUCGGAAACGACCGCAGAAAAACUGGUGCAGCUAAUCCAGGAGACGGACUUCAUGGGCGUCUCCGGCCGCAUAAAAUUCCGCGGCGGUCCCUCCCGUUUCUCGCCCAUAAACCUGAUGGAAUGGUACGGGAACAAAUCGCACAUCGUGGGCCACUUCUACCCGAACAUCUCCGACGACAAACCGGAGAUCCUCGGCGGCGUUCUCGACCUCAAAACCGAGGCUUUGCGCUGGUUCACCCCCAACAAGCACCAACCAGACGACGGCACCCUGGUCCCCCCGAAAUGCGCCCUCCAGAGCCUCGCCAAGGCCCUCAACGUCAACUGCGAGAUGGCCAUCGUCAUCCUCAACAUCAUCCUCAUCUGCGUCCUCCUCCUGGGCGUCUUCGCCGCAGUGUUCUUCAUGAAGCGACGAUACGAGAAGAAGGUCAAGUACACGGAGCAGUACAUGCGCCACUUCGGCAUCGACCUGCGCCUGAACCCCUCGCAAAUCACCGACCUGGACAAGUGGGAGAUUCCCCGGAACUCGGUCGUGAUCAACCGCAAGCUGGGGGAGGGCGCCUUCGGGACGGUGUACGGCGGCGAGGCCAACUUCCCGGACAAGGGCUGGGUGGCCGUGGCCGUGAAGACGCUCAAGGUCGGCUCCAGCACGGAGGAGAAGCUGGACUUCUUGUCGGAGGCGGAGGUGAUGAAGCGGUUCGACCACAAGAACAUUAUCAAACUGCUGGGCGUUUGCACCAAAGAGGAGCCGAUUUACACCAUCAUGGAGUUCAUGCUUUACGGCGAUUUGAAGACGUUUCUGCUCGCCAGGAGGCAUCUAGUCAAUGAUAAGACCAUAGAGGAGUCGGACGAAAUCUCCAGUAAGAAGCUGACGAUGAUGGCGUUGGAUGUGGCGAGAGGGCUGAGUUAUUUGGCGCAGUUGAAGUACGUCCAUCGGGAUGUUGCGUCGAGGAAUUGCCUGAUCAAUGCUCAAAGGAUUGUGAAGUUGGCGGAUUUCGGGAUGACGAGGCCCAUGUUCGAGAAUGAUUAUUACAAGUUUACGAGGAAGGGGAUGUUGCCGGUGCGGUGGAUGUCGCCGGAGAGUUUGGCCUUGGGGGUGUUUACGCCCUCGAGUGACGUCUGGAGUUAUGGGGUGCUGUUGUAUGAGAUUAUCACCUUUGGGAGCUUCCCCUAUCAGGGGAUGACCAAUGGAGAGGUGUUGGAGUAUGUCAAGAAUGGACACACUGUGACGAUUCCGCAAGGAGUUAAGACGCAACUGAGGGGCCUGCUGAAGUCCUGCUGGCACCAGGACCCGAAAAUGCGCACCCGCGCGUCGGAAAUCGUCGAAUUCCUCGCCAACAACCCGCGCCUCAUCGUCCCCUGCCUGGAAGUGCCCCUGGCCUCGGUCCAGCUCGAGGACACCAACCAGCUCGAAAUCAACCUCCCGGACCAGUUCCGCAAAUGCUCCACCAGCGACAUUAAAGUCUCCCCGACGACGAUCCCCAACGGCGUCGCCGCCCCACCGCCCCAGUACCUCGACACCGCCCCCACGGACAACUGCUGCCCCCGCGAGCCCCUGCUGGGCACCUCCAAGUCCAACUCGAGUCUCCUCAACUUCGGCAAGUACGUCGCCAUUCAUCGCGACGACGAGAGCAAGAAAAACGAGGAAGAGGGCGAUUAUCUAACGCAUAAUGCAACACCUGGGAAUGGCUACGUUGUCUCCAAUGUCUAAUCUGACUUUCAAUACGUAAUUUUUUGUUGAGAGCCUUUUUUGCAUUUCCACGAUACAGUUGUUGGUUCUAGUCAUUUGAUAUGUCGCUUAAUCGAAAUCAUUCGUCCAAUAGUAUUAACGUGUAUUAAUUUUGUUCUAUGAGCGGAAGGCCUGUGGCAAGUCCAUGACUAUUCUUCGAGUUCCUUAGCACAUGAAAUAAGACUUUAAGGGGACACUCCCGAAACAGGCGGUUUUUAUUUUUAAAACGAUCAUAUUUUAUUAGUUAAGAAUAUUUUAAACUUGUGUCGCACUGUAUAUUGGAUACCAAACGAUUAUAUCAAAUAUUUAUUUUUAAGGAGUGAGCGCUUGAUGAGUGGGUGAAUGACGCGUGUUUAAAACAAUUACAUUUUGUACCUGACGUUACUUUUUUAAGUAAUAUUUAAUAUCUAAGAUUAUUAAUAAAUACUUUCAAUAUU